AUGGCCACCAUUUUGACUUUUUUGACACAUCCCGGACAUACUUCUGCUGGUGAGCUUCCCAAACACCGCCAACUGGUCUUCCUUCUCCCCACAGGAUUCACCAGCCACCGGGCUGUGGCGCAAACGGCCGGCAACGUCUUGCUGCGCUUGGCGGACUCCUUGAUUCUGCCGCUCAACGUGAGCGACUACGGGGAGAUGUUGCAAGCCAUGUACGACACAGCCGAGCAGGCGUUCCAGGCUGACCUCCUCAGCAACAACAUCUCGCUUGCCCCGCUCCGCAGUGCAAUCCUUCGCUUCCAGUCUGCAGCAGCCGGUCUCAGCCAGCGCGUCUCACACUUGCAGAAUGAAGACUCACCCAGCCCUCUCGCUCUGCGGAUGGUGAACGACCAGCUGAUGCUGCUAGAAAGGACGUUUUUGAACCCGCGAGCCUUUCCAGACAAAUAUUAUUACAGCCACGUCAUCUUGGCCUCCCGGUCCUCUCCCGUUGCUACUUUCCCGGGCCUUGCCGAUGCGGUCGCUGCUGCCAAGGACCAGAGCAGCUGGGACAACGUCCGUAAACACCUAACGGUGGUUAUCCAAGUGGUGGAAAACGCGGCCUCCUUUCUUGAACCCGUGGCCGAGUGACCGGCAUUCUCGCUGGCCCUCUUGGCAAGUGUCACUGCGAAAGGCAGCUUCACGUGUUCUGAAGAAAUAAACGCUUUGCGUUUUAUAAACAC